AUGGAUUUGCCCCCAGUCCAACAACAUCAACCCCAACAACAACCUCAACCUUCCAGACCUCUCACACCAAGCAGAUCUUCUGCAUCCAAGUCAACAAGGGCUACAAAGUCUGAUGCAGCCCCUUCCACUGUGAAGACCAGAACCUCUGUUGCUACACAAGUUCUGAAGACAAAGUCUGAUGUGCCAACAAACUCUACAGUUCCUCCUGCUAGCCCUCAGUCAAGAAAAGUUCGAUUUAAAGCAAGGGCAAACAAGCCUAAGAAGGCAAAAAUACCCAUUACUGAGAUCACAGAUUUCACUCUUGAGGAAGAGCAAGCACCAUCUACUACACUUCCUGAUUCUUCUCAAGCUCUAAUGGUGCAUCCUCUUCAAGCUGUUCCACUCUCUACUGCUACAGCAUCUUCUACUUCAUCUGAAGUAGAUGAGGAGAUACUCUGCAAGGAACCAGUUACAACUGAAGCUGGGACAACAUUGUCUGUUCCUCACACUCCAAUCUCUGAUCAUGGACCCUCCACUCCAUUGAAAAUGCCUCAAUCUCCAUUGAAAUUUCCUAAGGGUGCCAUAAUUCAUGAUACAGCUCCAGAAAAUUACAAGUCAGAUGCUUCACUUGCUAAGGCUGGUGAAGAGCCCAGCAAAUCAAAAUCUGCAGAUCAAGAGAAUGUUGUUCCAGAUCCUGUUAAAGAUGAUGUUGAUCAUGCAUCUGAUGAUGAUGAGGAUGAUGAAAAUGACGAUGAUGAAAAUGAGGAUGAAACAUCUAAGUCAGUGGAUGGUCUUAGAACAGAGGUAGCUAACUUUAAGGAAACUCAGAAUAUGGACGAGAAAAGGCAUUUACUACCUCUAAAGGAAGACAUGAAGAAGCUGAUGAAGCAGAGCUAA